GCUGCGGAGUAGCUCGGUAAUCUGGGUAGCUCACUGCAGUGCCCUCCAACGGUGUUACGGUUAAUGGUAGCAGAUCGGCGAUCACCUCCUAAAGACUCUCUGUAGUUUGCCUUCUUGACACACCUUUUGUUGUCUCGUCGUCUAGCUAGAGUCGGCUAACGGUUGCUAGCGAGCAUCACCCGCUUCGACUACCCGCCAGCGGUGAAGUAAAGUUGGGACAAAAUAGUUACUCUGAAGCCGAGGGAGCCGAGAAGUGACGGCCGACACCCUGCCAGGAUGAGUGGUGAUGACUUGAACCCAGCUGCUGUGGCUCGGCCAGUAGAGGAUGCACAAGGAGAUGACCGUUGGAUGUCACAGCACACAAGAUUUGUGCAGGAGUGUAAGGAUGCUGAACCAGAUGUGCUUUUUGUGGGGGACUCUAUGGUACAGCUAAUGCAGCAGUUUGAGGUCUGGAGGGAGUUAUUCUCUCCUCUUCAUGCACUCAACUUUGGAAUUGCAGGGGACACCACCUGUAAUGUGCUGUGGAGGCUGCAGAAUGGAGAGCUGGAGAACAUCUGUCCCAAGGUGGUGGUGUUGUGGGUAGGAACCAACAAUUACGAACACACAGCAGAGCAAGUUGCAGGAGGAAUUCUUGCAAUUGCGCAGCUGCUCACCUCCCGCCUCCCCAAGGCAAAGAUAGUUGUACUGGGUUUGUUGCCUCGAGGGGAGCGACCCAACCCUCUGAGGGAGAAGAACACGGUGGUUAACGGGUACCUGCGCUCCUGGCUGCCUCGUCUGGGCCGCGCUCAACUCCUAGAUGUCAGCGGGGAUUUCGUUCACUCGGACGGAGCCAUCAGCCUACAGGACAUGUUUGACUUCCUCCAUCUGACGGCGACAGGCUACCGCACCAUGGCGAAGCCCCUCAGUGACCUGCUGCUUCAGAUACUGGAGGAAACGCCAGAGGAGAGACAGGUGUCGCCUGUUUGAGGGCCGUGGCCUAGCAGCACAUUUAUCCAGAGGUAUGUCUCACCCGCUGCUGUGGGAGACGGGGGAGACAUGUCCCUGGUAUCUAGAGGAGGAAGGGCUCUCUCAUAGGGGGAAUAGGCACCCUGAUGUGAGUGGGCCCAGGAGGGCUGUGGGAUCACAUUCAUGAGCGGAGGGUUGGGUGUGGAGAGGUGCUAAAGAGGGAGAGAGAGAGAGACCUCACUACAGAUGUAGACACUGUGAUUGCAGUAGUAACCUCUAUUGCAAAAUGAUUUACCAAGGUUACUGAGAUCAUGUGGUACUUAUUCAUUUUGGCCUGUGGAGAAAAUGAGUGUUUCCCUCUCACCUGUGCCACGGAGACGUGAUACAAAUAUAAAAAAAGUCCAGUGCACAACGCAGAACAUUAUCCAAAAUGUUGUAAUGUUAUGAGUCUGACCAGUAUGCUGCAGAGCAGUGGUUCCCAACCUAGGGGUCAAGGUGUUGCAAGAUCAUUUAAGGGAAAAUAUGGAAAAACAUAUUGUUUUUUUCUUGCAAAACACUAAAUACUUUCACCUCUUCAGGCCAAAUAGAAACAAUCUGAGAAGUUAAAAUCACUCUUUGGUGUGGCAUUGUUUAUUUUAAAGGUCCACUAGUCAAAAAGGUUAGGAACCACUGCUACAGAGGGGCUACUGCUGAGAUAUACACUAUUUCGAGUUUUGUCUGUCUAGUUCUUUAUUUGUAAAUACUCAGCAUAACAAUGAGCACUUAGUCUGCUAAAUGUUCACUUUUGAUCUUGUGUGUAAUAACCAAUUAGAUGUCUUUUGAAACUGUUAAUAUAAAAUAGAUCAGUGUAUAUCCGGAGAGGAGAGUUAGCUACUUUUCCACAGACUACACAUACAGCUGAUCACUACUUCAUUUCUGUGUCACCUAAAACCAUCACUGAACUAAAUGUUCAACUCUUAACCUGAUUUCGGCGUUCGCUGCAUGCAUGUUUUAAGACGAGCCUCAGCUGUGGUGUAGAGAGUCGACCAAUGCUUCUCUAUUAAAUCAGUGAAUAUCAAGUCAAAACCAUGUGUUCAUAAAUGUUUAUGAGUGAUGUGAGGCUGUUGAAUCUACUUGUCUGAUAAUCUACAUAGGUAUUCCAAACAUCGCCAACUCUGCUUAUGUGCAAAACUUCUAUCACCCGGCAAGUGUAUUUACAUUUUACUUUUAGAAUUACAUUUCACCAUUUUGGUCCAGAUAAAUCUGCUGUGACAUUUGAUUUUAAUGUUGAGUAGGUUACACAAUGUUUUGUAUUGCUGGACGAAGACCUGCCAGCUUUUUAAAUUGUGCUCCUAACGACUUCUUGACUGUGUCCUCGGUAUCUGUUAAAGGAUAUUUUUGAAAAGAAAUUUCAAUAUUGUGUGUGCACUGUUUUUUUAGUAGCUUUGCGGUGCAAUAGUGCACUUGGUUUUAUUUAUUUUUUACAACAAAGUACAGUUGAGAUAAUCCGGUGGGUGUCACAUCAGCUCCAGUCCUCCUGCUUUCACAUCACAUUCUUAAUCACAACAUGGCUUUUCCCUUUUCUGUGUCUGUAUCUCACACUAAUACAUACAAAUAUUCACAGUCUGACACUUUGACUAGCACAGGCUCUCUCUCCCUCCUAAAUACAUGGAUAUACAGUAUUUUCUCUUCGAAGCACCUCUUUAUCUCUCUCCCUGUUGUAUUUGUUGUAGACUCUCACCCAGCCCUGCCACCCUGGGCCUUGACGUCUCUACAUAGUGUAGUAACUGAAUAUAUUUUAGGAAUGAAAAGUACUAGCUACACGAAUAAGCUACCUAACACAGCUAUGCUUAAUAUUGUCACGCUAAAUGCUAAAAAGCACUCACAGGUCAUGCAAAAGAAAAAACAUUUAUCUGUGAGUUCUACUGUAGCUGUUUCUUCAUGGCUAGGUUCUGUUUGAAUUGUGGCUGAGAGACUCAAGCAUCAAAUUAUCCAGCGUUACUGCUGUCUUAAGCUCUGCACAUUUGCCUGCUGUGUUAAAUAUAGUGUAUGUUUGUGUGCCUUAAGUGUUCGUGGGAACGGCUGUGUACAGUAUGUCUGGUCCUGGAUUGUGUAAGUUGGAAGUAUGAGUGUCUAGAAAUGGCCCCAGUUGUAUAUAAGACAUGUGAAGCUUGAGGAAAUGAUGUUUGAAGGGGUUUCAGGUUGUGUUUGGUGCCAUACAGCAUUUGCACUGUUUUGGCUCGUUGUGACAUUAUUGAGAUAAAGCAUUCCAAUAAAAAAACACAACAAAAAACAAGGA